AUGAACAUCGAACUCGGACGCCUCUCCAGCAGAGACUGCGAUGGCUACCGAGCCGUAGCCGCCUGGAUAGCUCGGGACCCGGACAAUGAGACAUUCAUAUACAGGCGCUUCGAUCAGCUCAGCGCACGGAAUCUACUUUAUCUUCAAAGCAAGCUACUUGCCUUAGAACAACGUUUAGCAAAACUCGAUACCCAUGUCGCAAGCAUGGGAGAUCUCGACUUGAAAGACUCGGCCAGGCGAUGGGAAGCCUUCGCCAAGAACGCAAAAUCUCGAGACGAAGAGGGCGAGAUGAUGGAGCUUGUAAUCCAAAUCCGAGGAAGGAUCAAAGAGUAUCAUGAAGCUCUGCUCCUCCAAAGUCAAGUCGCGAAGCUCGAGCGUCCAAGUAAUCGAGUCAUCGAAGCCUUCCGCAUCUGGUUUGAUGGCGGCAAGCCAAAGCAAGGGAACCCAAAGCCUGAUCCAGUUCUCGGAGGUCGUGCAAAGUACGUUCUUGACAACGAACAAGACCUAGUAGCUCUCAAGACGCCCGCGGAUGACGACUUUCUUUCCAGGUUCUUGCAAGAUCAUUGGCCUGUCACUAGUCGUCAAAAUAGCGCAGACCGAACAGGCCACUACCAAGAACGACAUGUCAUCUGGGCUGUAGCUGUCAUCAGCACCUUCAUCGCCUCAGUGCUGCUCGUAGGAGCCAUCGCCAGCCUCUAUGCCGUGCAAUCAUCGAAAGGCCGGUUGGGAAUGAUAGGAGCAUUCACAGCGCUGUUCGCCCUCAGCGUCAUUUUGCUCACAAAUGCGAGGAGGGCGGAGGUAUUUGCGGCGACUGCAGCUUACGCGGCAGUGCUUGUUGUUUUCGUGAGCGGAAAUCUUGGGAGCUCUAAUUCGAACAAGCCCCCUUGAAGCUAUGACGGGGAGGGUGAAGAUCCAGAGGCCUCGGAAGCCUCUGUCAUGUGAAGACAGAAACUGACGGUCCAACGGAAGCUUGACAGUCCCCAGAAAAGGGGCCGUGAGAAGGACAUCCGGAAAGCUCGGACUCAGUGCUGAACUUGAUGCCCAGCCGGUAUGAGCACUAUCGAGCAGGACAGGGUGCGAGUGGUGACCUCGGCAUCUACACGAAACGUUCCAUCAUAUGAUGACACGAGCUGACACAAGCCAUGGACGUAUACCUCCUGAAACAUGGCGGAGACCGGGGCAGGCCGAGACAAUGAGUUUGGGGGUCGUUGAGCAAAAGAGGGGAUCUUGGUCAAGGAGGAGCUAGUGGCUCGACAAAAUCUACAUCACGUG